CUCUCCUUCGCGACCAAGAGUCCAAGUUCCGCUCCUGGACGCGUUGGGGAGCGCUGGCCGGAGACUUGGUUGAAAGUUCCCAAUGCCCCACACUCCGCAAUCCGGCGACUGAAGCACUUGCAACACACAAGCUGCUCGGCCAACAGCUACAUUUACGAUGACCGUCCAAGUGAACAGCGGGGACCUUCCCUACAAGCACUAUGUCCUGGUCUUUUCCUGGUUCAUAUACGCCUGGAACACCCUCCUAAAUUACCGGCAAUACCUAGCCCUGCACAACCCCAAAAUACCCGCCUCUGUGUCGCACGUCAUUAAGGCUGAUGAAUUCAACAAAGCACGGCUUUAUGGGCUCGACAAGGCGAAAUUCGCGUUCUUGAAAGACCUGGUUGAACAAAUUGAGAGCACGGUGUAUAUCUACUACGAUGUGUUACCGUAUGUUUGGAAUGUGGCGGGAACGUUGAUGGGGAAGUAUGGAUAUGGGGCGGAGUAUGAGGUGGUGCAAUCCAUUGUCUUUGUCGUCCUCUUGUCGAUUAUCCCGUCGACGAGCAUCCCAUUCUCGCUCUAUUCCACGUUUGUCAUUGAGGAGCGCCACGGCUUCAAUAAGCAAACAUUACGGCUGUUUUUUACCGAUAUGGUGAAGGGGCAGCUGUUGAGCGCCGUGAUCGGUAUCCCGUUGCUUGUCGCCUUCUUGAAGAUCAUCGAAUGGGCGGGGUCGAACUUCUACUUUUACAUCUGGGUCUUUGUGCUGGUGGUGCAAUUCGUAAUGAUCCUGAUCUUUCCGACUUUGAUACAACCUCUCUUCAACAAAUUCACGCCCUUGCCAGAAGGCACUCUGCGAACCAAGAUCAACGAGCUCGCUUCCCGCAUUAACUUCCCUUUGAAGAAGCUCUUCGUCAUCGACGGAUCGAAACGGUCUGCGCACAGCAAUGCGUACUUUUAUGGGUUCUUCAAGAACAAGCGGAUCGUGCUGUACGACACGCUUCUUGACCACAGCACGGAGGAUGAAGUUUGUGCGGUUUUGGCACACGAACUCGGGCACUGGCACUACAACCACGUCCUCAGCACGCUCGUCAUCAUCCAGCUGCACCUCUUCUGCAUCUUCUACCUCUUCAGCCUGUUCAUCAACCACACACCGCUCUAUCGCGCGUUCGGUUUCGCGACGGAGCCGGUGUUGAUCGGGUUCACCUUAUUUCAGUACCUGCUCGGCCCAGUAGAAACCGUCCUCGGGUUCUUGCAGAACAUGGUAUCGCGCCGGAACGAGUUCCAAGCAGACUCCUUCGCCAAGAAGCUCGGCUACGGAACCCUUUUGAAGAGCGCGCUCACGAAGCUGCAUGUCGAGAACAAGGGCACGUUGAACCCAGAUCCGUGGUACAGUGCGUGGCAUUACAGUCAUCCGCCGCUUGUGGAGCGGUUGAACGCUAUUGGGAAGACCGAAUAGCGGAUCUUUCGUUCUCGUUGUGUG